GUUCUGAUGGGCUGGCCUGCUGGGAGCUCCUGUCACAGGAGUUCCGUGAUAUUCUGUAGAACGUUUUUUAUUGGGCGUGGCGGCAGGACUAGAGAGUGCACAGACACUUCGGGGCCAUGAGGAGAAGUUGUUUAUGGAGGUUAUUGAAGUUCCUCACCGCUUUAGCACUGCUUGUUCUGUCUGCUCACGUCUUUUUCUCAACACCGAGUAAAGCUCCGCGGAUUCCAAGCGCCCUUCCAGCGGAGGAGUACCGCCUCCUCUCCCCUGAGACUUAUCGCUACCACCUCAAUGAGCCCGCGGUAUGCCGACACAGAAGCCCCUUCCUGCUUCUCAUGGUCCCAGUGGCCCCUGGGGAGGCUGUGGCGAGGCAAGCCGUCAGAUCAACAUGGGGGGCUCCUGCUCCAGGCCGGGACAGCUUCACUCUGUUCUAUGUAGGGCUUCCUGAGCGGGGGCGGGGCUCCAGCACCCAGGCCAAUCUGGAGGAGGAGAGCAGGAGACAUGCUGACAUCAUCCAGAUGGACUUCCAGGACAGUUACCACAAUCUGACCAUCAAGACCAUGAUGAUGAUGCACUGGCUUUCCACCCACUGCCCAAACGCCUCCUACGCUAUGAAAGUGGACGCUGACAUCUUUGUGAAUGUGUUCCUCCUCAUGAAGAGGCUGAGGGGCUCCCCCAGGCAGCGCUUCAUAACGGGCUCAUUGAUCAGUGACGGCCGACCCAGAAGGGACAGGAACAGCAAGUGGCAUGUUUCAGAAGAGCUGUACCCAGAUGACAGCUUCCCCCCGUAUGUAUCUGGAGCUGGGUAUGUGUUCUCCGCAGACCUGGCCCCCAGUAUCUCCUGGGCCUCCAGGUAUGUCAGGAUGAUCCCGCUGGAGGACGUGUACGUGGGGCUGUGUCUGCGUGUGCUGGAGGUCCGGCCUGUGUACUCCCGCAGCCUGACCCUCAGGAACCUGUUUGAAAUCGGACAGCUGGAGUACGACAGGUGCACUUUUGCCAAACUGGUCAUUGUGAACGGAUUUAAGCCGGAGCAGCUGCUGCAGGUGUGGCCCGACUUCUCCAGGGGCCACAGCAGCUGCUGACUGCACUUUAUUAGACUGUUGCUUCACAUUAUCACAGUCCCGGCAAGCAACGCUGAGAGAGGAGAAAUAGCCAUGAGAGACAGCUACCAGGGGUAGUCAUUAUAUUUUCUAUUAUCAGGGAAUUAUUGAAAGCAGGAUCAGAAGAACUUUAUUUAUCCAUGAAUUGGGUGUCGUUGUUCCAUUUUAGAAUGAAAUAAAAUAAUAUAUAAAAUAUAUAAACAUAACAACCAGUAAGAAUACAACUAGAAUUUAACUGAAUUGGAACAUUUACAGGGUUGUAAAAUAACGUCAAUUAAUCAAUAAUGUAAUCAGAAAACUAAUUGAUAAUCAAACUUUCUCAAUACGGUGGACUAUUCCACUCAGGACAUGUUGACACGUUACAGGAGUCAAAGCCCAGAGUUAAUACACAAUUGUGUUGGCCAUCAUUAUUGUGAUUGGUAACACUUUUCCUAUGACUAGUCCAAAUGUCUGCUGUGGAGAAGAGGCGUAUUUCUGACACACAAAUUAGAUUUAGCUUUAAAAAUGUUCUUGUUUUUUUUUUUUUUCAGUGAAAAUACUGGUUAGUUUAACUCCAGGUUUUCAAGGAAGCAUUACUCUUUACAUAUUAAUAAGUGUUUCAUAUACAAUCAGUCCUCAAUUACAGAAGCAGGAAGUGUGUGUGUGUGUGUGUGUGUGUGUGUGUGUGUGUGUGUGUGUGUGUGUGUGUGUGUGUGUGUGUGUGUGUGUGUGUGUGUGUGUGUGUGUGUGUGUGUCAUCAUAAACUGAAUGUAUUAAUGGAUACAUUGAUCAGGUUAUAGUCCUGUGAGACGAAGAAAAGCAGAAAUGCUUAUUAACUCGUUAACAGGAUUUAACUAUCAGGGAAUAUAAUCAAGGCCUCACUUUAAAGAGAAAAUAAAGAAUGUAGUUCUCAAAUAUUUACUGCACUAAUCAAUCAGCAAAACAUGACCACGUCUUAGUCGGUCAGUUAACGAGAAAAUGUGCUGAAGGGCGUUUUUGAUUCCAUUCAUUUUACUAGACAAAUGCAGGUUACAGUAAAGUAGGUAAGCAGGGAAUCAUCUGACAAGCCAUAAUCAAUAUAGAAAAUGUCUCUGUAGACAGUUAAAGAACAGAUAUUAACUCUAAUUUAUAAAUCCAAAGUGAAAGCCAAACACCAAAGACUAUUUAAACAUGUCUAUUUUAGUAUCGCUGCUCUUUUCCUCUAGCUGCUGCCUGCUAUUUACUAUGCAUCCUAUGACAUGUGCCCAUUUUUGUUUGUAUUGUAGUAGCAAAGGACAGCCAGCAGGUAGCAGUAUGUGCUAGCAGAUGACAUGUACUUCCGUUUACCCAGUGCCUAAUGCAGAGAGAUGGUGAUAAUUAUGAAGACAUUCAUGGUGUUUGCCUAAUUAUGUGUACUUUCAUUUUAUUUUUAAAUGUUACGUUGGACUUUUUGAUACUGCUGACUGAUAUGCUGUUCACCAACAUGCCUCCUAGAUGCCUCAUCACUAGAUAAUGAUGCAAUAUUUCUUAUCACAUCUACUUGUUUUUAAGUGAGUCAAUGUAUAAUAAACUAUCAGAUAAACAAAUCAGUAAACUGUGAGACAAGUAGAUUGUUGAAGUUAACAAAAUAAAUUGCAGGAUAUUAUUACAUAAUAGUGCAGUGAAUGGAAUAUUUUGAAUGAAAAAUUCACUCCCUAAGUUAGUAUCUGUAGAGACAAGCUAAACAACAUGAAUAAGAGAAAUAAACUUCAUCAGUCUGUU